GCCAGGUAGAGGACCUGGACAGGUGACCCCGGCGGUGUCGCGCGCCGCAGAGGCGCCCGAGCGAGUUGCAACGGUCACGAGCGUUCUUCUUGGGUUUUACGUGCACGCGAGAUUAGGCAGCCCGGUCGGUGAGAGUGAGGACACCGGGAUAACGAGCAACACACUCGGCCAUUAGUCCUGUUGAGUCUUCGGGGAAGAUGUCUGUGAUGAUGAUGAUGGUGAUGAAGAGUCCGGACCGAGAAACCAGGAGCUAACGGCUGCUUAGAACGUCGACCGUUGGAUGUUAAGUUUAAAAGUUCCCCGUCGCUGUCUCUGAGCUGCGCGGAUUAAAACCACCGGGAGGGACAGGUGUCCUCUCACCUCAGCUGCCGCCUCUCCAUCCCCAGCUACACUGUGCUACGACCCCGGGCGGGGAGGGGGGGCUCCGGAGUUUUCUACUUGUCUACUCUGUUUUGUUUUUGUUGUUGUUCAAAGCUGGACUUUUUCUAAACGCGAUGUUGUGGACAAAGUGGCUGGUCCUGCUUCUCUGCUGGGGGGCGACAGGCGGCGAGCAGCAGGCGGAUGACAGGGAGAGGGACGGGUUCCCGGCUGAUGUCCGGGCGGACUCCCGCACACAGCGGUCUCCUCCACCGGUGGAGCCGUUGGAUUUUGGGUUUGUACCGGCGGCGGUUUAUGAUACCCACGCCUACUACGAGCCAGGGGCUGUGGGGAUCCUCUUCCACAUGGUCCAUGCUUUUCUCUACGUUGUUCAGCCGAACACAUUUCCCAAAGAUCUGAUUGUUAAAGUUAUUCAACAGAACAUGGGGGGAAUCAAAAUAGAAGAAUGGAGAAAGCCAGAAAAUGUGGUGCUGUUAUUACAGUGGAUCUACUACGAGGCGGGCUUCCUCAUAUGUUCGACCAUCGGUAUCAUGGUCGUGAUCCUCACACCCAUCAUAGGCAUAUGUUUCUGUAUGUGUCGAUGCUGUGAGAACUGCGGAGGGGAGAUGCACCAGAGACAGAGAAAGAACGCAGACUGUCAGAGAGGUUUCUACACCGCCUCGCUCAUCGCCACCUCUAUCUUCAUCAUAGUGGGAGUAUUAAUUGCCUAUGCUGCGAAUCAUAAUGUUAGCGCCCAGAUUAAGAGCACGCGGCGGUUCAUCAACACCAAUAUGAGAGACUUGAAGACAUUUGCCAAUAACACUCCUGCGCAAAUUGAAUACCUGACAGCCCAGUACACCACAGCAAAGAACAAAGUCCUGUCAGAACUCGACAACAUUGGACCUUUGCUGGGUGGACGGAUCCAGAGUCAGCUAGAGAAAGAGGUGGUCCCUUCACUGGACACUGCGCUGCGUAUGGCAGGAGGGAAAGUUGAGAAUGCAAUCAAAGCCAUGCGGGAGACCAAAGAAGCCCUAGAGAACAUCAGCUCCUCCUUGGAGGUUCUUCAGGAGGGAACGGGGAAACUUCAGGCUAAUCUAGCGGCGGAGCGUGCCUCUCUGUCCAACACCCUGUCAGACCCUGCCUGCACUAAUGGAGCUGUGUCUCACACAUGUAACACCAUCCGCUCCACGCUAUCCCAGCUGGGAAUCAACGCUGACUUCUCCAAGCUCCAUGAUGUCAAUCAUGCUUUGGACAAUGUCAAUACUGUCCUGAGAACAGACCUCAGCAAUAUAGUACAAAAGGGUUACUCAUCCUUUAACGACACACCGAGAUUAGUCAAAGAACAAACCAAAAACAUUGUCACAGCUCUACCUCGAGUGAAAGGCAUGCUGGAUAAGAUUGGCACAGAGAUCAACGGCUUUUCCAAAAUGUUCCCAGUGGAAGCUUCUCUGGCCAAUUUCACCAUUUUCCUCAACCAAGGACAGAAAAAAAUGGAGUCUUAUUACCCGCAGAUAGACCAAAUGGAUUUCUACAGGUGGAUCGGCUGUGUCACAGCGCUCUGCAUAGUCAUCCUGGUCCUGGCCUUCAACAUCCUAGGACUCAUGUGCGGGACCUGUGGCUACGAUAAGCAAGCUACACCAACAACCCGAGGCUGCCUAUCAAACACCGGAGGCAACCUGUUAAUGGCCGGGGUGGGAUUCUCUUUCAUCUUUUCCUGGGUGCUGAUGGGAAUCGUAACUGCCUUGUUUCUUGUCGGUGGCAAUGUGGAGAAGCUGGUGUGUGAACCGCUUGCAAACAGACAGCUGUUCAAGAUCAUAGACACACCAUUCCUGGUUCAUCCUGCCAAGAAGAACUUCCUUCCUGGGAUGCUGUUUCAGAAUCCGAACAUUGACUUGACUUUGGGAAGCAUGUACAGGGAGUGCUAUGAGAACAACGGUCUGUACCAUGCUCUGCAGCUGGAGGCCAUGUUCAACAUCAACUCCUUCCUCAACAAAACUGUGUACAACAACGAUCUGGCCAAAGUGCUUGAGAGCGUGAACGUCGACCUCCAGGGCAUCACACUGCUGGAGCAGGCCGGCAGAGACAACCUCAUUAACUUCGCCAAUACAGGAGUGGGACAGAUCAAUUUUGAAGCCUACCUGACUGAGGUAAAUAAGGGAGUCACUCUCGUGGAUCUCCUGUCAUUCUCUACUGACCUGGAGGCUGAGGCCGACCAACUGCCACGUGGUGCUCUGGAGAAUGCACUGAAAGGACACGCCAGCAGUAUCAGACAGAUUCACAGAGAACAGGUGGUUGCCAUGGAGCAAGCAAUGAGUACCCUGAGCCAGAGUGUCAAGCAACUGCAGAGGAUGUCCACCGAUCUGCCGGUCAAGGUCACGAACAUCCUGAGUGCUAUCGAUGCAGCAGAGUACCUCAUCACUCAUAACGCCUCUCAUGUGGUGAAACAGGAAACAAAAGCCUACAGCCAGAGCUUGGUGGGAUACUUCAAACAGUACACAGAUUGGGUUAGAAACUCGUUGACUGCAGAGGUUGCCCAGUGUAAACCCAUCAGUAACAUCGUGGACAGCAUGGAAAUAGUAGGAUGCAGCUUCAUAAUCGAUUCAGUGAACACAUUCUGGUUCGGUCUGGGAGGCUGCUGCAUCCUUCUGAUCCCCAGUAUGAUCUUCUCUGUCAAACUGGCCAAGUAUUACAGAAGGAUGGACACAGAGGACGUCUUUGAAGAUGUGGGUAGUACAGAUAAUCAUGGUGAAAUGGUGUGUGAUAUCCACGGAGACCUCGCCGUGGUCAGCUCUCCCUAUGACACUCUGACCCUGUUCCCUCGGGCCUCUGCACCCCCGAGCUACACCGACUGGUGACCCAGAGGAACUCGUCGAUGAGUGCACAAGAUGGCUGGAACUGAUAUUUCCCUCAUGGGUCACUGGACUUUCCAGCUUUUCUCUUCAGAUCUUGUAACACUUCCAAGAACCAAAGGGACAAACAAUGUGUGUGUGUGAUGAGGGUGUCCCUUCUCUCCCCAGUACCCCUUCAAGCCAUUUGGCAAGGACCUCUGAUGCCAGCCAACUGUAAUUUAUCAAGUGUUCUCUCAUGCACACCAGCAUCCAGUCACAACAGUACCACAUCAAUCCUUCUAGUGUCCCACAUUGUACACAAUCAACUAUCAGAGCCCAGCAUAGCUAGUUUUACCCGUAGAGAAUACAUGUUUGUACUUACAGUAUCAGUUUUAACACGGUGACACAAGUGUACAUUUUCUACACUUUCAAAACCUUUGAAAGUUUUAUAUAUUUUUGUUAAUGUUUGUUUUAUAACAUGUAUGUAGUUAUUUUUGUAGCACUAGCUCUUUUCUUUGUUUUAUUUUUCUUUAUUCUUUUCUAAUAUUUGUAACGUAGCUUGCAUCAUUUUGGCUCAACACACGUCGCAUUGACCGGGAAAUAAAAGAAUAGUUCAACCUUAUGGUGAAUACGCUCAUUUUCCUUUUUGCUGAGAGUUAAAAGAGAAACUACUUGUGUGUCUUUUUGUUAAAUACCAGCAGCUCACCCCUUCAAAUUAUAUUAAUGCUUAAAGUUAUGCAUAUUUAACAGCGUGGCUGCUCUGUUUGACAGGUAGAUGCUGUUACAGGUGGCUUGUUUGACAACCACGGCAUCAUUUAGUCACUUCAGCUUCAACAAUAGUUCAGGUCUAUGCCAACUUUUUAGAUUAACCAAGAGGCCGAAGCUAACUGGCUGUAGCUCUGAGCAAAAAAAAAAAAAAAAAAAAAAAAAGUUUGUAUUUCCCAAAAUGGUGAACUAUUCCUUCAAACACUGAAAGAGGACAUUUAUCUAAAUCAUUAAAAUCCUUGAGACAUUUUUUUGCCAUCUUGUGGUUUGAGAAUAAAACUACCAGAAGCCUUUGUGGGGUUAGAGGCCUGGUUGAGGAACAUACACACACACAAAUUACUUUUUGUGGUGUGCAAAUCUGUGAAUAAAAACUUAAGUCCAAUAAGUGUCUGCUUUGUU